AUGUCGUUAGAAGAGUUUCUUGGUGAUGAUUCACUUGGGGACUCUGUUUGGAAUGAAGAUGACAUUAAUAUAGAUGCUAUUAAUAAUACUAUUAACAUUGAAGUUCUUAAAAAUAGCCAUCAAAAAAGUAACAUUACUAAUAAUAGUAUCCGUGGUAACCAACCUCAAAUUCAUCAAAAUAUAGUUUCACCACAAUAUCCUGUAAAUUCUACAGUACUUCCUUUUGCUUCUACUUCUGUCUCUUCUCCCACUUCUACUACUAUUAAUUCUACUUCUCUUUCCUCUUCCUCAUUUAAUCAAAAUGACUAUUAUAAAAAACAAAAUCCUCAAUUAAGAAACGUCCCAGAUUCCUAUGCAAACAAUCAACAACAGUUCACAGUACAAGGACCCCCAUAUAUGAUCAAAUUUUCUAAUUUACCACCAAGAUUUGCAGAUUCUGAUAUAGAAGAAUUAUUUGAAGCUAAAUAUACCAAAUUUGUAAAAUUUAAAAUAUUUUGGGAAAUUAAUAAAAAUCCAUCCUUAUCCACUUUGAAAUCUGGUUCCAUCUUUGAUCAAAAUUUCAAGCGUGAUGCAAAAGUAGCAUUCGUUGAAGUUUAUUCGGCUCGUGAUAUAAUGAAAAUUUUGAAAUAUUGGUAUCAACCUUUGAAAGAAAUCUAUAAGAUUCACACAGAACCCGCUCAAUAUGAGGAUUUUAAGGAAUACAUGUCCAAAAUUAAUCUGUUGACAGAUCCAAGCGAUGAUCCAUCAAAACCCUACUUGGUUCCAAAGAAUAAAACAAAUCCAUUUGGAACAGCAAAACCUGUAGAUACACAAUCUAAAAUACUUGAUAUAGAAGAAAAGAUGGAAAGAUUGCAUGUAGAGGAUACUGAGACCUUAAGAAGGUUAUCUGAAGGCGAACCAUUAGAAUCUUUAAAACCAAAGAUCACAAUAUUGAAAAAACCGCAAUUGAGUUAUUCUGAGGUAGCACAACAAUCAUUAUUAGAUUCUAUUAAGAAAAAUUCACCUCAAAAUGCUGGUUCGGGGAAAGUUCUUGAUUCCUCAUCCAAUUCCCUGGCGACUUCAAAUCCUUCCAACAACGAAAGUAAUAGUGAAAACGUGUCAAACAGCCAUGAUAUCAAGCAAGGAAAUGAAUCUAAAGAGAAUUCUUCUGAAUACAAUAAUAAUGUGACCAUGUCAGAAACAUAUGAAAAUUAUGAUCUGUCGGAAGAUCGAACAAAAAAUAAACUUUAUGAAAAUAUUGAAGGAGAAUCUUCAAAGAUUUUCACUUUCAAGAAUCAAGAAAGAGAUAUGUCUCCAAGUGGUAACAAUUUACAAAAUUAUAAUAAAUCAUAUAGAGGUGGAAGAGGUAUUGGUUUGAGAGGUCGUGGUGGUCGUGGUGGUCGUGGUGGAAACUUUUCAAGAGGAUAUAAUAAUAGGGGACGUGGAGGAUACAAUCAACGUUUUAACAAUAAUUUCGAUAAUAGUAGAAAUACAUCAUAUCGUAAACAAACCUUUGAGGAGAAAGACGGUGGACCAUCGUUAUUUGCUCCUGCAAGUGGAUUUUUACAAACAACUACAAAAAACGAUAGAGGUGGGCAUCAUAGUAAUAGUCGUGGCCGUGGUGGGUACUAUCGUAGUAAUAGCAACUAUUCUGGAAGCUAUAUUUAA